UCCCACAGCUGCCAGGAGCAGCUCUCUCCCCGACCAUGAAAGCUGCUGCUGCUCUGCACCUGACCCAGACAGCAAGCCUAGGCCUUGGCUUCUUGCUCCUGCUUUCUCUCUGCCUGGGCCCAGGCCAAGCCAAAGAGUUGAAGUUCGUGACAUUGUUGUUUCGGCAUGGAGACCGGAGUCCCAUCAGCACCUUUCCUAAUGACCCCAUCAAGGAAUCCUCGUGGCCACAAGGAUAUGGCCAACUCACUCAGCGCGGCAUGGAACAGCAUUAUGAACUGGGAAGUUAUAUAAGGAGAAGAUACAGAGGAUUCUUGAAUGAGUCCUAUAAAUGUGAUCAGGUUUAUAUUCGAAGCACAGAUGUGGACCGGACCUUGAUGAGUGCAAUGACAAACCUUGCAGCCCUGUUUCCCCCAGAGGGGAUCAGCGUCUGGAAUCCCAGCCUGCCCUGGCAGCCCAUCCCAGUGCACACAGUGUCUCUCUCUGAAGAUCGGUUGCUCUACCUGCCUUUCAGGGACUGUCCUCGUUUUCAAGAACUCAAGAGGGAGACUUUGCAAUCUGAGGAAUUCCAGAAGCGGCUUCAUCCAUAUAAAAGCUUCAUAGAAACCUUGUCAUCACUGUCAGGAUUCACCAACCAGGAUCUUUUUGGAAUUUGGAGUAAUGUUUACGACCCUUUAUAUUGCGAGGGUGCCCACAAUUUCACUUUGCCCCCCUGGGCCACCAAAGACGCCAUGACUAAGUUGAAAGAGUUAUCGGAACUAUCCCUGCUCUCUCUUUAUGGAAUUCACAAGCAGAAAGAGAAAUCUAGACUCCAGGGGGGUGUCCUGGUUGGUGAAAUCCUCAAGAACAUGAAGAUUGCCGCUCAGUCACAGAAGUACAAGAAAUUUGUCAUGUAUUCUGCACACGACACAACUGUGAGUGGCCUGCAGAUGGCGCUAGAUGUCUAUAAUGGAAUUCUACCUCCCUACGCUUCUUGCCACAUAAUGGAAUUGUAUCAUGAUGAGAGGGGCCACUUUGUGGAGAUGUACUAUCGGAAUGAGACCCAGCACGAGCCCCACCCACUCACGCUGCCGGGCUGCACCCACAGCUGUCCUCUGGAGAAGUUCUCAGAGCUGCUGGACCCCGUGAUCCCAGAGGACUGGUCCACGGAGUGUAUGGGCACAAGCAACCACCAAGUGUUGCUGUAAAAGAAAACCAGUUCCCAGUGCGAUCAGGAAUAAGAGUUAGGUCAAGGUUGUGGGGCUGCCAUGGGAUCCGAGAUUAGCACAAAGACCUCUAUUGUUGAAGGACUCGCAGGUUUUGCUUAAACAGGACGGAAUAAGACUGCACUGGGAAUGCCUGGCAUAAAACAGGUUUCAAACAAAGCCCACUGGUUAGUGUACAAGCACGAAAAAGAAGACGCUUAUCCCAUGCUGAUGGGCAAAGCAGUGGUUUACCUGACAACAGCGCUCAUCUGUUCCUGCCUUCUCCCAAAGAAAGGCAAACAGAGGAGCUAGGAGAAAACCCUGGAGGAGUUUUCCAUUCCCAGCCUAGAAUGAUCGGAUUUCGUACGUAUGUUAAAACACACUGAGUAGAAGAACUGAAAAAUGAAAGCCUCUUUCUAGCCAUCCAUGUUCCUUUCAAAGAAACUAAAGGUCAAGCUUUCCAGAAAGCUCCAUAUAUGGCAUCCAUACAGCAGAUCCUGGAAGUAGCCAAUAAAGGACCUGACAAGAGCAAGAUAUGCAGACACUGCACCUCAGAGGUGAGCAUGCUCCACAGAGCAUCUCCCGAAACCCCAGUGCCAUGAGAUGCAGAAUCUAAAGCUGAUUCACAAGAGAUUUGAGGACACACACACAAACACACACACACACGCACACACACCACUGAAACAAAAUGAGAAUAUUCUAGAUGCCCCCCCCCAAGUCCAAAAUUUAUUUAAAACAUUGAGUAUAGCUGCAAAAUCUGCUCAGAGGACAAAUGGAACGUUCAAGGCCUCAAUUCCAGAACUGUCAGAAGCCCCAAGCCAAGUGCCAGGUCUACUUCCACAGCUCCCUACACACAAAGAAGCUGUGCCUGGGUGAUUUUCUCACUAGAGCCUUGACUGGCCACGUGGCAGAACAGAGCUGUUCGUAAAGUGGAUAAAGAUCAGACGGCCACUGGAGGAGGCCUCCACUGGAAGCCAGAACCGGAAGCAUGGCCAUGCCGUCCCAGGCUGGGCAUGGAAUGAACAAACCAAGACCUGAGUUGACAUGCCUCUUUGUGUUACUUCUCUGCCAUGUAAAUCUGUGCUGUUGGGGUCAUGCAGCGUCUACCCUCAGAACUGUUUCCUAGCAGUGAGGCAAGUGAAAAGCCUCGAAUUAAAAGCAUUAUUAUCAGGAAGUUCAAAGGAGAUACUUUAAUAAGGAACUCUGAAAACCUUGUAUGUGUAUAUCUUGUUAGAAUAAAAUUCCUGCAGUCAUGAGGGCUCUCUUUUUACUUGAGGGUGGAGGUGUUGUUCUAAUAUAACAGGAGUGAUUAUGUUAAUAGAAAAUUAUUCAUCUGGCUUAAAUUAAUUGUUUACGUUAAAAAUAUAGUUUGAAAUGCUUCAGAUAAAGGGUAAGCGGGGAAUAGCUGUUUCAUCUACUCAAGGUAGAACUUGGCAAGAAAACAUCCUGUUUACAAUGUGUUGCAGAACAGAUACAUCCUACUCAGAACAAGAACAUAUAAUUUUUUUUUUUACAACUAUAUGGGUUAUUUCCGAACAAGAAUUAUAGGAUAUAAGAAUUAUAAAAUAUCAGUUGUACAAAGCAAGAAUUUUAUCUGUAGUAUCUUCAGUGCCUCAGAGAGCCAGUGCAGGGAAUCACUGUUUUCUGCUCAAUAAAUAUUUUCUCACUAGUGUAUAAUUAGCUAUCUUUCCUUGGAGCCUUCUCUGAUCUUGAUUAGACACAAUACCCAGCAGCCUGGGAGUCGUGUUUCGCCCACUCUGCCUGUUCCCCAGCCAGUUUGUCUCCUCUUGUUGAACCUAUCUCCAGCGUGUUCGUAGAAUUCCCCCCUUAGAACAGCAGCCUUGGCAAUCCAAUACCCAAGUGAAGAGAAAUGUGAUGAAACAUCGGAUUGUACCAACCAGAAGACAGUGCAUAGCUACCAUGCUUCAGCACCCUCAUGCAGACCCAGGGGUGAAAUGUGUGCAUCUCUUCCUGGCACCAACUGCCAGAACUCCUCUCUGGGGGCUUCACAUUGGUCACAGCGGCUCAUCACAGAAAUCAGCAAGUAACACAAACCAGAGCGCUACUUCAGAUUCAAGUUGCCGACACCCUGUUGGUUCUAACUAGCGGAAAGCUUCUUAGGAGUCCAAGAUGGCCUCUGAUGAAAAUAACCCUAAUGCAUGAGCUUCCUAAUGAAAAAAGACUAGACUCCAUUCUUCAAUGAAGUCUCAGCGGGUGAUGCUAGAGGUGGCAGGUGAAAGCUGAGACAUUCCUGAUAUGGGAAGUGACCAGUGGCUUGGGCGACCACUUGCCUUAGUGUAGGUACUCUAUAGCACAAGCUAAGCAUGGAAGGUGUAAGGGUUGGCAUCAUUUUAACGGGACCACCAAAUUUAGUACAUAAUUCAGCAAAGAAAAAGCAUAGGAGUCUAAGAUCAACUCGACAAAUAGGUCUCUUUCUAGUUUUGUUUUGUUUGGGGUUUGUUUGUUUGUUUUUGAGACUUGUUUUGUAGACCAGGCUGGCCUAGAACUCAUAGAAUUCCUGCCUCUCCCUCCCCAAGUGCUGGGAUUACAGGCGUGUGCCACGCCUGGGCAACAAAUAGUACUAACAGCUGAAUUAUGAGCUUGAUGGGGGUGGGGAAGGAAGUCAGGAGGCAGGAAAUGGAAUACAGAAUGCAUGGUCUGAGAAAGCCAACACCUAAACAAGGCAAAAAUGAUAUCCUAUAUGUGUGAGGUGCUGGCAACCCUGCAAUUCAUGUUUGCAGACUGAAUAAUUGUUUGACCCUCCAGAUUCAACCCGACUUCUUCAUGAAACUCUAAGCUAGUUGGUCACUAAUAGGGGACAGAAGCUAUGAACAAAUUUCAAAUGCAACUGCUUUCUAAAGACCCAGACACUGGCUCUAUUUGCAAACCCCCACGCCAACCAAUUUAUGUCACUCAGCAUAUAUUUUAGUCAUAGUUAAGAGCCCCUGAUCCGUGGUGUCCCUCCCAGCAUCAUUCCUCCCUCAAAGACCAGGCCAACUGAUUAAAACACCUUUUUUCCCACGCUGUUGCCACUGUCUUUAGUUUCCCAGGACAUAUCCAUCAUUGGCAGUAUCGGCAUUUGCAUAUGCAGUAAUUCGACUCCGUGCUUACUCCUGCCCUUGAUGGGGGCAGCUGGGGCAUUUGUAACAAUGAUCUAGCCUGUGUCCUGCCAAGCAAACCAACACCCAGCUCUGGGGACAGGCAAGAUAAGCCGGGAAGGAGUUAAGAAACAUGCCCUAGCCACAGAGGAGCACCAUGAUGAAGAACACACUGGCAACACCAUGAUGAGGACACACCACAGAAUUCAUUAAAGAAGUCUGUGGGGUCCAAGAGGUUUCUCCAGUGGGGUAAUAGUUAAACAGAAGCUCAAGGGAGAGAAGGAACCAGCCAGCUGAAUGGAGCUGAGCAGAAAGGAAAAUGUCCUAGAUAAAGGAAAGAGAAAAAGUAUAGAGGCCAGAAAACUGAAAACAGCAUGGGCGUUUUAGGAAGAGGUAGGUGAGGAGUGCUUCCUAGAUAGAGCCGAGUUGUUCUGGUCAUUGAAAGGUUUUGGGCAAAGGACUGAUGCUGCCAGUGGCUUCUUGUUUCAGGACAACCCUGGCUUCAGAGAAAGUCUGGACUGGGUAGGGAAGAGGCUGAAGGCAGAGCGAAUAAGAGGCUACUGUAGUGACCAAGGCCUAGAAUGAGAGAAAGAGAGGGCUGGGGGUGUUAUCCAGGCGGUAGAGUGCUGGUGUAGCAUGAUGCAGGAUUAGCUGGGUUUGAUUCCUUCGAAAGUACUAGGUGACAUGGUGCAUGCCUGUUUUCCCAGCACAUGGCAGGUAGAGGCGGGAAUUCAAGGCCAUCCUUGACUAUAUAUCCUAUCCGGUUAAAGAAAGAUUGUGCCAGGCAUUUCCUUUAGCAGCUUUUGUGUGUUUCCAUGUGAUGGGGGCCUCUUUUCAGCCUUUGCUUACACUAGACCUUUUUGCAACAAGAAACAAUUGAUCAGUCAUUCUUCAGCUUCUAGAACAUAACUCUGACAAAUUUCUAAAGUCAUCUUUAGUUCAAAUGAGCAUAUAAUUUUAGAAAUGGAAAGCUUCACAGGAAGGCUGGGGUAGUGGUGCAUGCCUGAAAUCUCAGCACGUGGAGGCUAGAUGGUCUAGAGUUCAGACAGGAAGCAUGCCUCACUGGAAAAGUGCUUGUUUAUCAUGUGUGAGGCCCUGGGUUCAAUGCUCAGUAUUGAAAGAUGGGAUGGUAAAGACAGAAGGGGGCCUCUUUCCAGCGGGGCUCAGUUUGCUUGUUAUUUGGUUUGGUUGCUUGGGUUUUGUUUAUUGUUUGUCCUCUGAAGCCACUUGCAGAGCUUCUUUUAGAUAGACUCCUUCCAUCAGCCUUUUAAGUAAUCACAUCUCAAGAUUGUGUAGCUGUCUUCAUGCCAUGCCCUGUCUCCCACAUUUACAGCCCCCUAUUGCCACAUGUAAAUGAAGAAUUAUAGAUCAGGUUUUGUCUUAUUGUUGUUUUUUGUUUUGUUUUGUUUUUUAAACUGGCUACCUCUUAGUUACAUCUAUCCCCAGAAAAGCUCAUCUCAAUACCACUUAAAAAUAAAGGUAAUUUCCUCCUGUCGUCUGUACCAAUCCUUUUUUGUGGUAUCCACCUCCAGUCACAGCACAAGCCCGUGAGAUUAGCUCAGCCACAUCAUCCCCUUGACCACAGAGUUUAGUCUGUCACCAACACCUUUCAACUCACUCACAGGACUGGCCAGCAUCCUGGUUCCCUCAUCUGUGUCCCCACAUCCACAACUCC